ACAUUUAAGUUAUAAUAAAUUACAUUUUUGUAUGAAUUUAUAAAAUUAAAAUGCAUUAUACUAAAUUAAUAUUGCAUGAUUUAAAUGCAUAUCAUUUCAUUAAAACCACAUUUAAUUUUUUCUUGGUAAUAUAUAAGUAAUGAUACUUUAUGGUCUCUGUCCAGAAGAUAUUUAAUACCUUUAAUCCAAUAUUACCUUUUAGUACUGUGAAGCAAAUAUUUUGUGCAGUUGAAAUGUAAUUUUGUUUCAUUUUAUACCCAUAUCUGUAAACUUUUGAUAAUGAAUAAAUAUAUCGAUACAAAAUUAUGUGUAUGUGAUGUUGAUAAUAAAUUAAAAACGAUUCCUUUAGAGGAAGUUUCUUAUCAUGAAUCAACUGGUGAUUGUUGGAUGGUUAUUUGUGAUAAAGUUUAUGAUGUUACCAAUUUUUUAAAGCAGCAUCCAGGUGGUGAAGAUUUAUUAAUGGAACAUGCAGGUAGAGAUGCAACUUUUGCAUUUCAGGGAGCUGUACACUCAGAUUUAGCAGAACAGAUGUUAAAAGAAUACUUAAUCGGGGAAUUACCAUUAGAUCAGCGUCUAUACCAAAAAUAAAUUAAGCAAUUUUUUAACUGACAAAAAAUAUUAUUGAUUUCUAAAAAAGGACAUUGUUUUCAAUCCAUUUGCGUCUUUUACUUUAUCUUUUACAUUAUUGUUGAUUACUCAACAUUCAAUUUGCUGAAAAGAUUCCU